AUGGAGGAGCUGGUGGUGCGAGUGCAUGAGGCGGCGCGGCUUGCUCUGGUGCGCGGCUCGAAUGGCAGAACGCGCUGGGUUCCGUACUCGUCGCCUGACGAUGGUGAAGCAGCUCCGUCCAGCUCGCGGUCGUCGCCGAUAACGCUGCAGCCCAAGGCGGCUCCUGUGAGUGGCGGCGGGCGCCUGGACUUGGACGCGUCCUGCUUCCCAGGCAGACCGCACUUCCGCCUCGUGCCGGCCGACAAAAGGGCCCCGCCAGCGCAAAACUUGCUGCUGUUUCUGCACGGCCGCGGCGACUCCCACGAGCCGUUCGCUCGGCUCGGAGAGCAAAUGGCGCUGCCCCAAACAGCGGUCCUCUCGCUUCGAGCCCCUCGAGAGCUGCCCUUUGGUCUGGGAUUCACGUGGAUGGACGACCUGAACGCUGACGGCGACGUGAUCCCACCUGACAUUCCGCACAAGCAGCGCAGCGAAAGCCUUCAGGCGGCUCGGGACUACGUGUGGAGCUUCCUGAGUGUGCUGCACGACAAGUACGGCUGGAGCUACUCUCGACUGUUCGUGUUCGCCUUCUCACAAGGAGCGUGUGUCGCCUUCCACGUGGCGAUGAGUUUGCCGCGCGACGUGCGGUUGGGAGGCGUCGUGGUAGUGUCCGGCGGCGCCACUGUCGGACCACAUGAAGAUUACUUAGCUGCUGAGAACGGAGGUGGCGCCGCUACGCCGAUGCUUCAAGUCACUGGAGCAGCAGAUGCGGUCUACCCCGUUGCACUCGCUGAGCGUUCGCGUAGGGAAUUCAAAAGGCGGCACCCGCAGAAAGCAGCGGCGGAGCUAUUCACGAGCGUCAUGCGGCCUCACAAAGGGCACGCUAUGAUUGACUCGCGCGAGGACAUGCAGCACGUGAUGCGCUUUUUCUCCAAGCACCUGUACCUACGCAACGUCGAGUUGGAGAACCGCAGCGACGUUAUCGAGCUCCAGACGUGA